UCUCUCUCUCCCUCUCUCUCCUCGGGGAGGAACUGCUCGGUUUGAGCUGACUCUCCUUCGCCAGGCGGGGCGGGAGGAGGGGGUGCACGAUUGGGCACGGUGGAAAAAGUCCUGGACCGGGACCCCGGAGCCCGUGGCGAGGGUGGGAGGAACGCUCGCCUACAGGGCUCCAUCAUCUCCCUCCUCCCCUCCCCCUCCGGGAGGGGAUAAGAAAAGAGGAGGCGAGUGAGCCAAUUCAGAAACAGAUUGCAGAGCGGCAAGCAGAGAAGAGUUGUGCACUCCCUCCCCUCUCCCCCUGGAGCCCACGCUGGUCGGGGGGAGAUCCACCACGAUGAGCCAGGUACUUGGGAAGCAGCAGCAGCAGCAGCAGCAGCAAGACGAGGAGGAAGAGGAGGAAGAGGAUGAACUGGUGGGGCUAGCGGAUUAUGUGGACGGGCCCGACUCCUCCGACGCGGACCCGGAAAGCGGAGCCGAGGAGGGAGUUCUGGACUUCAGCGAUCCCUUCAGUACUGAAGUGAAGCCAAGGAUUCUGCUUAUGGGACUGAGGAGAAGUGGCAAGUCAUCCAUUCAGAAAGUCGUCUUUCACAAAAUGUCACCCAAUGAAACCCUAUUCUUGGAGAGCACUAAUAAGAUAUGCCGGGAAGAUGUCUCCAACAGUUCCUUUGUUAACUUUCAGAUUUGGGAUUUUCCAGGUCAAAUUGACUUUUUUGACCCUACGUUUGACUAUGAGAUGAUCUUCAGGGGCACAGGAGCACUGAUAUUUGUUAUCGAUUCCCAGGAUGAUUAUAUGGAAGCCCUAGCCAGGCUACACCUCACUGUAACUCGAGCCUACAAGGUACAUCCUGACAUCAACUUUGAAGUGUUUAUUCAUAAAGUGGAUGGCCUGUCUGAUGACCAUAAGAUCGAAACCCAAAGGGAUAUUCAUCAGAGGGCAAAUGAUGACCUUGCUGAUGCUGGAUUAGAGAAAAUUCACCUCAGCUUUUAUCUGACAAGCAUAUAUGAUCAUUCUAUAUUUGAAGCUUUUAGCAAAGUGGUACAGAAACUGAUUCCACAGCUCCCAACCCUGGAGAAUUUACUAAACAUCUUUAUCUCAAAUUCUGGAAUUGAAAAGGCUUUUCUGUUUGAUGUGGUCAGUAAAAUUUAUAUUGCAACAGAUAGUACCCCAGUGGAUAUGCAGACAUAUGAACUCUGCUGUGAUAUGAUAGAUGUGGUUAUCGACAUUUCUUGUAUAUAUGGCCUCCAAGAAGAUGGAGCAGGAACCCCUUAUGACAAGGAAUCAACAGCAAUUAUAAAACUGAAUAAUACAACAGUUCUUUAUUUAAAGGAGGUGACAAAAUUUCUGGCCCUCGUUUGUUUUGUCAGAGAAGAAAGCUUUGAAAGAAAAGGGCUCAUUGACUAUAAUUUCCACUGUUUCCGCAAAGCCAUCCAUGAAGUAUUUGAGGUGAGAAUGAGAAUAGCAAAAUCUCGAAAAGUUCAGAGUCAGAUGCGGAAGAAAAAAGGAACCACCCCUAAUGGGACACCUAGAGUUCUGCUUUGAGAUUUUGGUGACAGCCUUUGAGUCAAGGCUAAUUGGUGAGACUACUUCUUGGAACUGUACUAGAGGAAGAGGAAAAGAGAAAAUUGGACACAUGGCUUGGAUUUGUUAUAUAACAAUCAGUGCGACACACUUGAUCCUUUUUAAAAAAUAAUAAUAAUAAAGUAAGCACUUUCAGCAACAAAACAACUUGUAUAUUAAACAGUGAAGUGAAA